GAUCCGUCCACUGUAGCUAUUUUUUCCUGCAAAUUUCGCGGCGUGGAAGUGCCAGCGCGUUUAUGCAAAAAUUUGCGCGUGAUUUUUAGUUUAUUCUCCUUGCCGGGAGAAUUAACUCUAAGCUAGGGAUCUACAUAUAACAGGGAACACGUCUGUGUGAUUUUUGUACGUAUUCAGCGUGUCGCGAUGCUUUUCGGCAAGAUAGUGGUGAUUAAACGUAAUGGUGAGGACGGGGCGCACUUCCCUCUCACCGCCAACACGUGUCUGUUCGGGAGGACCAACGAAUGUGACAUCAGAAUCCAGCUGCCCAAUGUGUCCAGGGAACACUGUAAGGUGGACGUGAAGGAUAAUGAACAGGUUGUGCUGUCCAACCUAAGUGAUGUAAAUCCCACCAUCCUGAAUGGCAAGCCUGUCUCCAAGUCCGUCGUCAUCCAACAUAAGGAUGUCUUCACCAUCAUUGAUCGCUCCUUCCGCUUCGAGUUCCCUCCGACCUCCAAGUUCUGUGUCAGCCCCUCCAAGCGCAAGCAGCAGUCCCCAGACAAAUCUGUGAGUUCUGGACCGCUCCAUGAGAUCCAGGAGGCAGGGGGAAAGACAGAGGUGCCGGCUGGAACAACCCCGAAGAAGGGGGGUAGUCCAACUAAAAGAGGUAGUGAAAAUGCAGACACCAAGAGCCCUGGCAAGGCCAAGACUCCCAAGAAGUCUCCAGGCAAGGUUGCACCAGAAAAGACCGGUACUCCUGCUGCCAAGUCUCCCAAACCCAAGUCUGCCACACCUGCUAAGAAGGCAACUCCUAAGAAAUCUCCAGCACGUUCUGCUAGCCCCAAGCCUGAAGAGGAAUCAUCCCCUGCCACCAGCCAGCGCGCAAGCUCCCCACUCAAGAAGAGUGGUAAGAAGGCUCCUCCAUUUGGUAGCCCCCGGCAGCCUGCUGUGAUGCCGCUGAAGACCAGCAUCACUGAGCUCCGCCGUCGCUCUGCACCACUUCAGGAGGCCCUGUCUGAGGAGUCGCCAAAAACUCCAAAGACCAAAAAAGCAACCCCUGCAAAAGUCACACCUGCCAAGUCAUCAAGCAAAAAGAGGAAGUCCUCUGGUCCCUCCGAUUACGAGUCCUUGUCCAAGCGUGUGUCGUUUGGUCCUGCUCUCAGUCCUGAGCACUUUGACAAGAAGCUCCCCCCAGCCCUGCCCUUGCGUCGUGGGGCAUCCCCAAUGACAAGGCGGUCCACAGGAGGGAUACUUACCCAAACCCCUGACAUGAAGAAGCAGCGUCUCUCGUUGGCUCCACGAACAGCAACCAUAGCAGAGGGAGAAGAGAUCACCCCGAAAAAGGCCACUCCUCGUGGGAAGAGCCCCAAGGCAAAGACCCCAUCUCCAAAGGCUAAGACACCUUCUCCCAGGUCUAAGACACCAGUGAAGGCUGCCACACCUAAGGGGAAGACACCUCCCAAGGUCAAGACCCCAUCUCCAAAAGCCAAGACACCUUCUCCAAAGGCCAAGACACCAUCACCUAAGGCCAAGACACCAACCAAGGCUGCCAUGCCUAAGACCAAGACACCUCCAAGGGCAAGGACUCCAUCUCCAAAAGCCAAGACACCAGCCAAAGCCAAAACACCAUCACCCAAAGCCAGGACACCAUCGCCCAAGACCAAGGCAGCCACCCCCAAGACCAAGGCAGCCACUCCUAAGGCCAGGACACCAGUGAAGGCAAGUCCCAAGGCAGCCUCUCCCAAGAUGGCAUCACCAAAGCAAAUGUCGACUCCAGCAAAGGAGGAGCUCAGAAGGGUUAUUGCCAAGAAGGCCCUUGGAGCCUCCCCCAACUUGGCUCGUCGAUUCCCCACACCAGUGCGUGAAGAGCUCAAGCAAGCUGUCACUGCUCGUGCCGAGAAACUUUCCCCGAAAAGGGCAGCAACACCGGUCAAGGCUUCACCCAAGGCUGCUUCUCCCAAGGUGGCUACACCCAAGUCCACUACUCCAGCCAAGGUGGCUACACCCAAGUCCGCUACACCAGCCAAGGUGGCUACACCCAAGUCUGCUACACCAGCCAAGGUGGCUACACCCAAGUCCGCUACACCAGCCAAGGUGGCUACACCCAAGUCUGCUACUCCAGCCAAGGUGGCUACACCCAAGUCCGCUACACCAGCCAAGGUGGCAACACCCAAGUCCGCUACACCAGCCAAGGUGGCUACACCCAAGUCCGCUACACCAGCCAAGGUGGCUACACCCAAGUCCGCUACUCCAGCCAAGGUGGCUACACCCAAGUCUGCUACACCUGCAAAGGUGGCUACGUCUGCAAAGAAGACUCCUAAAUCAGCUACCCCAGCCAAGAAGACUCCUAAGAAAGCAGCCACCCCGAAAAAGACACCUAAGAAGGUGGCGACCCCAGCCAAACGUGGUCAGAAGAGGAAAUUGAGCACCCCAGGUGAUGAUGCCCCUGCUGGAAAGCGUAGGAAGGCCAUGCAAGUUACAGUGAAGACUCCAAAGAGCGCUCGCAAGACACCGGCACGUCGCACCCCAGCCCGCAAAACUCCGGCAAGAAAGACCUGGGCAGACAUUGUAAAGGCAGCCAACAAAAAGUCUACUUCGGUCACCGGACCUGUUGCAGCCAAGAUUGUGAAAACAAAGACAGCCGUCCAAACGGUCGCCAGCAAGAAGCUGUCUCUUGCCAAGCGCAAGAGCAUGUUGAAGGCACCUAAGACCCCAAGGAUGGGUGUGAAGACUACAGGGCAUGUCGACUCCCCGGCAACCAUCUUUAUCCGCAAGGCAAGGACUCCAGCAGCCAAGCCACAGAAAGCUCCUGCCAAGUUCCGCAAGGGUCGCAAGUCUGGCGUUACCAAGAAGAGCACUGUCAAGGCCUCUGACGACAGUUUCACAGGAAUGCAGGAGAUGUUUGCCACUCCCUCACCCAAGGCCACACCCAAGCAGAGCUCUGCAAAGAAGACCCCCAAGUCUUCUGCAAAGAAGACCCCCAAGUCUGCUUCCAACACUCCAAAGUCAGGCCAGAAGUUGAGUGUGUCCAGCCUGUAUGCUGAUCUGCAGACCCCCAACAGCCCCGGGGAGAUGUAUGUGUCCCCCCUGAACACCCCCACUCCAGGCCGAGGCAGGAACAGCACAGCACUUGCCGGUGUUGCUCGUCUGCUGAAGACACCAAAAGCAGUCAGCUCCCCUGUCAUCAGCCCAUCAGGCAUCAAAAGGCUCACCAAGACCCCCAAGACUAAGGGUGCUGUGGUCAACAGCCCAGCUGGUCUCAAGCGUAUCAUGAAGACCCCAAAAGCGGCUGCCACAUCCCCUGUCAGCAGCCCUGCUGGUCUGAAGCGCAUCAUGAAGACCCCGAAAGCAGCUGCUGCUUCCCCUGUCAGCACCCCGUCUGGAAUCAAGCGUAUCAUGAAGACCCCAAAAACACAGCCUGGCAAACCAGUGGAGAGCCCCACUGCCCUGAAGCGAAUCUUCCACACCCCGAAGAACAAGUCAGCUCCAUUAGAGGACCUGCGUGGCAUCAAAAGGAUGAUGACAACUCCUCGUCAAAAGGCACUGGAUGUCUAUGAGUUCACUGAUGACUACACUGGAAUCCCAGAGAUGUUUGCCUCCCCAGUCUCUUCUACACCUGCAAGAAAGACCCCUGCCAAAACCCCAGCAAGUAAGAAGAAGGCACCAGCCAGUGCCAAGAAGUCUGCAAGCGCCAAGAAGGUAACGAAGGCAGCUGAGCCAACUCCAGUCAAAUCACCUGCACAGACAGCUACACGCGGAAGCAAGCGGGCCCGUGUUGAGGAACUGUCUGACACAGCAGAGGAAACCAAGUCACCACCUGCAAAGCGUGGUCGUCAGGCCAAGAAGGUUACCAUCAAUGUACCACCAACUCCUGAGCCAGCCCCCAAGAAGACAAGGAAGACCAGGGCUACCAAAACAGCUGUCAAGCAGCCUGCCAACUUGGAGGAGGCUGAGGUGCAAGUCGUCAGCCCAAAGAAAUCGCCUGAAAAGCCAACCAAGCGGGCGACUCGUAGGGGUAAAGCAGCAGCAGCUCCAGAGACCCAAGAGGAAGCUCCUGUUGUGACCCGUACCUCUCGUGGUCGUGGCAAAAAGGCAGUCAAAGAUGUGGAGCCAGAAGUGGUGGUGGUUUCCAGUCCUGAGAAGGUGGUCUCACCUGCCAAACCUGCCUCACCUGUGCAGGUCAAGAAGACCAGGGGAGGGAGGAGAGCACCUGCGAAGAAGAUUGUCGAGGAGGCUUCAGCUGAACCUGCACCCAAGACUGCCUCGCCGGUAAAGCGCACGAGGCGUGGUGCUAAAGAAGCAGAACCAAAGGUCAUUGAGGUCGCAGCUUCUCCAGAGAAACCCAAGAGGGGAGCGAAAAGGGCAGCAGCAACUCAGGAACCCGCAGCAGCUUCCCCUGCCAAGAAGACACGCACUACAAGACGUGGGAAGGCAGCUGUCAGCGAGGAAGAGAAGGAGGAAGCACCAGCCCCAGUCUCUCCAGUAAAGGCUCCAGCCAAGCGAGGCAGGGCCACAAGGGCUACAAAAAAGGAAGAGGUUGAAAAACCAACUCCAGCUGAAGUUCCUGUCAAAAAGGCUCGCACCACGAGGUCUAAAGCGGAAAUAGUGGAGGAGGAGGCUGCACCAGCUGAAGUGCCUGCCAAGAAGGGCCGCGCCACCAGAGCAAAGGCAGCUAAGGCUUCCCCGGUGAAGGCAGCAUCUCCAGCCAAGACAACCCGCACUUCUAGGAGGAAGGCAGUGGAGGAGAAGCCAGCCACACCGGUGAAGUCUAGGAGCACACGAGGAAAGGCUGCAGAAAAACCAGCCACUCCAACACCCAAGAAAACCAGGGCAGCAGGGAAGAAGGCAGCACCUGCUAAAUCUCCAACACCAGUAAAGAGGACCCUCAGGUCUAGAAGGAAGUAAUUUUAUCUCUGCAAGUUUAUCUCUUUGCAGGCUUGUAAAUAAACAGUUUACCUCCCUUUAUACAAUAGUUUUAUAUUAUCUGUAUCAGCUUUCAACCUGGAUCAAGGUCACAAUCUGUUUUGAAUGUGCACCGGUGUACUUUCUGAUAUGAUCUGCUUUAUUUUGUUAAUUUAUGCAAGUAAUGUUUAUUAGUUUUGUGAUGAUCCUUUAAUUGUCUUACUUAAUUAGGCCCGUCAGUUUUAGCUUGUAUUUUUUUUUUUUUGCAUAUCCUCAGAUGUUUCAGCUUCAAAUAUGUUCAGUAGUUUAUUUGGAAGUAUAGGAAUAUCUAAGUUUAAGACUUCAACAUAAUAUAGGAGUAUCUAGAUUUUAAUUCCUAUUAUCUAAAGAUUAAGUAAGUAAACAUUUUUUUAAGAAUACAUUUCUACCUUUCCAUUUAAUUCAUGUCUGUCUUAGACAGUAGAUCUAUGUUCUGUCCUCCAAACUUUGCCAGCCUUUCUGUCUUCAAGUCAACUUCAUGUUUGUGUGGACAUUGUCUUGUCAAAGCAUCAUUGGAAGUCGUGGUCAUGGGCUUCGUGAUAUUUUCUGUAGUACAGUGUAUUUGUUGUUAACUAUUUGAAUUAAUUUUUCAAGGCCCAAUAAUAUACAACAAAACGUAUGUACGUCACAGUACGUGUAUGACAGGUUGGAUUGUAAAGUGGCAACAAUCCUCUGCUGAAGAAAAAGCCCAGCUGUGUACAUAUUUGACCACAUUUGCUGAUUAAAUAAUCUGGUGUGUUAA